AUGCAAAUUCAUCCAAUUCAAGCUCUCAGUACUACUUUAAAAGAGGAUUCUUAAAUUCAUAUAACAGGAAGUGAAGAGAAAUUAUUAAAGACAAAGCAGACAAUACUUGAUCGUGCUCCAGUUAAUUAGGAAGCAUUGAAUACUUAUCUGAAAAAUACUCAUCCAACUGAUGGUGAUGAUAAAUUAUACGAUUGCACUAAUUGUUAUAACGUAGAUGUUGGUUUUAAUUGUUGCUGCAGUACUGAAUUUGAAUCCGACAUAAAUCAAUAUGGAGCAGGCAUUACUAUAUAUUUUCGAUUCCUCAAAUAAGUAUUAAAUCAUGCCAUAUAUAGAUUAUUUUAUACUUUUUACUAUUUGCUCUCUUGAGUAUUCCUUAAUUGAUCUUCUCCUUAUCUUGUGUGAAGGAUACGUUGACUUUUAAUUCAAUACUCAUGGGAACUACGCUAGGAUCAUUGAGUCUACAAGGAGAUUCUUGUGUUAAAAUGUCUUGGGAUGAUGUAGUAUUAAAUGUAAUCAUUUAAAUCAUUAUGUAUAGAAUAAUGUAACACUUGAUUCUGCAACCAUCUUAGAGAAAACAACAUUUAAUUGUAAUUCUGGAACCAUAUCAUCCUAAAAUUUUGUGUUGGGUUUCUUCUAAGAAGGUAGCAGUUCCAUCCCUUGCACUUAUUAUGAUCCAUCGCAGGCAAUAAUAAAUUGUACUAACUCGAAAGCAUUUGCAGAGAUAUAAAAUAAAUGUGUAGGACAACAGUCUUGUGAGUUCAUAAUAAGAGAGUCUUUAUUUGACAAUUGUCCUGACUUGCAUUCAAAUGUAGUUUAUGCUUAUUCGUUUUGCCAGGAUUCUGAAUUCUCUCUCGGAUCAGUAAGUGUUAAGAAUAACACAGUCUCAAUCAUAUGUGGCUAUAUUGAUUUGGCAAUAGUCCUGAUUCUAAGUAUCUUUCUCUUUACGUAUAUUAAUAUAAUUAAUUUCAAGCUUGGAGAGAUAAGAGAAAGAAACUAUGAAAAAUGUGAAUGAAAGUCAAGUAUUUAUAGAAAAUUUUUCAUUAGAAUUUAGAAAUCUCCCUGAAUGUUCCGAUCCUAGGGAGUUAUUUUAAAAACUAAUUGAAAUUGAAUUGCAAUUAGCCAAGAAAUUCCCUUAGAUACCUAGCUUUCAUAUCGUGGAUAUUUAAUUUUCAAAAGGGAACAGAUCAGUAUUGAUAGGUGAGGAAAGAGCUAUGGCAAUAAAAAAGCGAAAUAACUUAGUUAGAAGAUUUGAGAAUAAAUUUAAGGUUUCUCUCAUAACUUCUAUGGAUUUGAAAUAAAAUCUAGCAACAGCAGUAUUGUAAUAGGCUCUAAGUCAAUUACAAUAAAAAGAUGAUGCUUAAGAACUUCUGGAUGAAAUCUAGAAAUUAGAAAACCAAAUUUCUGAAUUUGACAAUUAGAUUCAAAUGCCAGAAUAAUUCAAUGAGGUUAUUUAAUAUGCUUGGAUAACAUUUGAUACAAUUGAGCAAAGGAACAUGGCAUUUUUUGUCUAUUAAGAAGAUUACUUGCGAGAUCUCUUUUCGUGUUGUGGAUGUAAUGAAAUUAUGAAAAUCGAUAAUGCAAUAAUCAAAGCAUAACCUGCACCUCCUCCAGAUGAUAUUAAUUGGAUGAAUUUAUAAUAUUCCUCUGUGGAAUUGAUUGCUCGCAGAACUCUAAGUUUUAUGCUAACUUUUAUCUUGAUGAUCUUCACAAUUGCAGCCAUUAUCUUCUUAAAGUAUUACUGUUUCUAUUUCAUUUAGAUAUUAAUAAUUGACUUAUUAAUAAGAUUACCCAGAACCUAAUUGUACGAUGUAUCCUAAUAUCACAGAGGCCGAUGUAAUUGGUGAUUAGAGUAAGAGUGUUAAGAAAGGAUUGUUGGAAUGUUAUUGCAAAGAAGACUUUCUAAAUAGAAUAAAUAUGACUUUUAGUAACGGUGAACAAUUGUGUUAGCAAUGGUUCAAUGAUUAUGUUAAGAUCGUUGGUUGGCCAUUUCUAAUUGUAGUUGUCAUUAUUUUAAUAAAUCAAGUCAUUUAAAUAAUAUUCACAAGUAGAUUAAUAUUUAUAAUCUUAGAAUUUGCUGAGUUUGAAGCUCAUCGAUCAAAAUCUAAAUAAUUAUCUUCUCGUCUUCUGAAAGUGUUCGUUGUGCAAUACAUAAACACAGCCUUAGUAAUAUUGAUAAUUAAUAUCAAAUUUACAAGUGAACUAAAUCUAUCAUCCUUUUCAGUAUUAUUAAAUGGUAAAUUUGAUGAUAUCAGUGUUCAAUGGUUUAAUUAAGUUGGAACAACAAUUGUAAUUAAUAGAUAUUAUAUUUAGUUGCUUACUAUGCUAAUUUAUGUGUUGGGUCCAAUGAUCAAUAUAAUUCUAAUGAGCAUUUUCAGAUGUUUGAAGAAAUGUUUUGAUCAAUGUGGAUUGGAAGACGGCCAAUUCACAAGGAAAUUAACACAAUAAGAUCUAAAUGAGUAUUAUACAGGCUCAGACUUCAAUGUAGAACUUAAAUACUCUCAAAUAUUGACUGUUAUUUGCGUUAACUUCUUAUAUUCCUCAGGUAUGCCCUUAUUGUAUUUGACAACGGCAUUAUUUUUGUUUAUCACAUAUUGUUGUGAUAAAUAUUAUUUGUUGCAUUUUUGCAAGAAUCCACCAAAAGUAGAUGAUAGUGUAGCAAGAUUAGUGAGAUAGAUAUUGAAGUUACUGUUAAUUUGGCAUGUAAUAUUCUCAAUUUGGAUUUAUGGGUCGACUAAGUUAUUUCCUGAAACUAUAGACUUCACUCAAUCUAUCUAAUCAUCUUCUAUUGUUCAAUCAGCACAAAGUAAUGUAUUUGGAGAAUUCUUUAAAAGAGCAAUAACAAGCUAAUGUAUUGGUUUGACUUGCAUACUGAUUGUGCUUAUCAUCUAUUAUGUCCUUUGGCCUUGUGUCAUAAGUCCAAUUCUAAGGACAAUUUUCUUCUUUUGUUAUAGUGAAACUACGUUAUUUGAUAAAGUGGAGAACAUAUUUAUUUAAAUGCAGCAAUCCAUUUAUGAAUGUAAGUGAAUUACGUUAAUAGUUUAGUGUAUUCGUAGGAUUAGGCAAAUUAAAUAAUGUAACUGUUGAGAAUUCAAAGGUAGGAUGCACAAGAAAAGGGAGAAUAGUAGUUUGCAUUGUUGAUGGGUGAACGAUUAGCAAGAAUGCAAGCACUCAAGUUUUUCAAGGGGUUGAUAAAUGGACUUCAUUCUUACGACAUAGUUUUGAAUCCUAAGUAUUCAUAAUAUCACACUCUUUGA